AUGGCCAGUACUACUCCCUCCCAUAUACACUCUAAUACGCCUCUCGCCAAGGACGGUUCGCCUGACCCAUCUGCCGCGCCUCCGUCAAACGGUGACUUCCAGGCAGCAGCAGCAGCACGAAGGUCCAGUUUCUCCUUCCUUCGAAAGCGCUCGUCCGAGAACAAGAUCAGCACGUCAAGAGCCCCAAGUAUGAGCCGCAAGCAGAAGGCACUCGCCCAAGAGGAGGCGCUGCGAAAGCAGAGGGAAGCCGCAAUGCUGCCCAAGGAGCCACCCCGUCUUCCGUCUCAUCCACCGCUUCCCCAAAUCGCCAGCUUUGGUGGGGAGCAUCGCCCAGAUUCUGUUGCUAUCGUCUCCAAUAAGAUUGGCAACUACAGUCAAAACUUCAGCAGGCCAUCCAUCGAGCAGCACAGGAUGGCACCCACCACCAACCUCGCUGUGCUACCACCUGUACCCGGCAGCUCUCACUCAUACAUGGACACCGACCCCUACGCCAGGACCGAGAGCAUGACCAACCGUGGCCGCUACAGUUAUGCCAGCAGCCAGAUCAGCGCCGUCAACAGCCCACGCCGUGUGCGAAAGAAGAAGCAGCCUACACCAUUCAACAUCCUCGUGCUCGGCACUAAAGGCUGUGGAAAGUCGUCGUUCAUCGAGUUCCUUCGCACUGCGCUUGCGCUGCCCACCAGGAAACGACCUCACACUCCGUCUCCACCACCCAGUGCCGUCGCUGAGGAUUCGCCCUUUACCUCGCAAUAUUUGGAGACAGAAGUGGACGGCGAGCGACUCGGCGUUACCCUCUGGGAUUCCGAGGGUCUUGAGAAGAGCAUUGUCGACUUCCAAUUGCCAAUCGUCACCUCGUUUCUCGAGUCUAAAUUCGAGGACACUUUCGGUGAAGAACAGAAGGUCAUUCGUGCGCCAGGCGUUAGCGACACCCACAUCCACUGUGUCUUCCUCAUUUUGGACCCUGCUCGCCUCGAUGCGAACAUUGCUGAUGCUCGUAAAAAGUCGAACGUCAUCGACGCUGGCAGUGCUAUCUUCGGUGGUCUUGACAAAAACCUAGACCUCAAUGUGCUUCGUGAGUUGCAAACCAGGACAACAGUCGUCCCUGUUAUCAGCAAGGCGGACACUAUCACUGGCGCGCACAUGCGUCACUUGAAGAAGAUGGUUUGGGACACUAUAAAGCGAGCAAAGCUGGAUCCCUUGGAAGCCUUGAACUUGGACGAGCUCGACGACGAGGAUACCGAUCGGCUGGAUGAGCGGGACGAGGACGAAUACGCACGGUCUUCGGACAACGAGGGCAAGGCUGAUGUCCUGAACAAGAUCCUUGGCCGCUCAUCAUCCGAGGCCGCUCGCUCGAUAGCAUCAUCUCGCUCGUCUUCUGCCUCACAGUCGCCUCCAACAUCUCCACCCAGCGCUCGAAAGAAUCACAGCCGUAAGGCGUCCGCGAUGUCUGUGUCGAUACAGAAGGAAGACGCUGAAACACCAUUCUUGCCAUUGAGCAUCAUCUCGCCUGAUCCGUACGAGCCUGAUGUCAUCGGCCGCAAGUUUCCCUGGGGAUUUGCGGACCCUUACAACCCCGAACACUGUGACUUUGUCAGGCUGAGAGAAUGCGUCUUCAGUGAAUGGCGAGCAGAACUCCGUGAAGCGAGUCGCGAACAGUGGUACGAGGGAUGGCGGACCACUCGGCUGCAGAAGGACAAGAACACCAGAAGACGUAUCGCGCCUUCGGAUGGACCUGCAGCGCAGCAGUUCCCUAUCCCUGGCUCGGCCGGGCGUGCAUCGACAGCUGGUAGCCACCAGUAUCGUCCGUACCAUGGCGACAACAUUUAG